UCAGUUUAGCUUCGGAGAAGCCCCCCUCUGGUUUAGCGAAGCCUGGGGAGGACGGGGAGCAGAGGAGGCGUUUGUGGAGCAGCUCGCCGGGACAGGAGGCCCACGGGGCGGUGCUGCUGCCGCCGCCGCUGCAGCUGUCAAUCAGGGGGGUCCGGGUGGAGGGGGCUCUGCUGUUCCUCUUAUCAUCUGUCUGCUCCCUCAGAGGACAGGAAACAGAGCCUCGUCGGGCUGUCCGGUCUCUGGACGGUGCCGGCUGUUUUUGAGGUGGAGCAGUGACGGCUGCAGGUGGUGCUGGGGAGCCCGGGAGCCCGCCUGCUGGGGAGCCCGUCUGCUGGGGAGCCCGUCUGCUGGGGAGCCCGUCUGGUAGGGAGCCCGCCUGCUGGGGAGCCCGUCUGCUGGGGAGCCCGUCUGCUGGGGAGCCCGUCUGCUGGGGAGCCUGUCUGGUAGGGAACCCGUCUGCCGAGCCCAAGCAGUCCAGAGAGGCCAGAGGAAAAUGCUGGGAAAAGGUCAAAGUGGAGGAUACCCCCCUGAGAUGAGUGAGACCCUUCAGAGCCUCCCUGUGCCGCCGUUGGAGGCGGCAGAGAAGAAGGGCCUCCAGCUGGGCGUCUCCCUGGCGGCCCCUCUGCAGGCGGCCCCUCAGCCGCAGAACCAGCAGCUCCUCUUCUCUCCGGCCAGCCUCCAACUCGCUCAGCUUCAGGCUCAGCUGACGCUGCAGCGGCUCAAACUGGCCCACGGAGGCAGCGCCGCCGCUGCUUCCAGUGUUUUAAAUCAGUUACUAUCCAAUGCCAACAUGUUCAACCAGCUACAGACUCCGUCUAUCGUUGGCAACCCACCGGGGGCUUUUCCCACCGCCGUGAUGGGCUUUCCCUCUUCAAAUGCAGCCGUGAGGCCUUCGGUCAGUGUAGGACUGAACCAAAGCUCUGCGAACGUGAGACUGAACCCCAUCUCUGGAGAGUACGGGAAACCACCAGGCUCUGUUUUCUCCUGUGACUCCGACAGACGUUUUCAGUUCGGUUCAGCCGCAGCCUCGUCUGCAGCCUCGGUCAGUGCAGGAGACCAGCAGUUCUCUGGGAUCACCACUCAGGCUCAGAACACCGGCAUUCAUCGAGAUUUCUUUGGACAAGACGUUCCAGCCGGGUUUCCUGCCAAAGAGCAGAACUCUGCUGCUCGUAAGGAGCAGUGGAAAGGGCCCAACAACACUCUAGCUGGACAGGUGGACAUGGUUUCUAAUCCUCCUGCCAUGUGGAUCCCACCCGGACAGCCCACUCAGUCCAGAACAGAACUGUAUGACCCAGAGGAGCCAACCGCUGAACCCAAGUUAAACUGCCGUGCUGGGAUUUCUGCUUUUGGCUCAAGCUGCACCGCAGGGUUUGGGGGCUUCCCGCCCCUGCAUGGAAGCGAGGAAACCCUGUCUUCAGGCGUUCGGACACUUCAGCCCUACCAAGUGAAUGAUUAUUAUGACGUAACACCCACUCAGCUGCCCCACCAGUGCAGCAUCUGUGACAAAAAGGUCUACAAUCUCAAGGACUGGGACCAGCACGUGAAGGGGAAGUUACACCUGCAGAACCGAACCUUCUACACAACCGACUGCUCUGCCGCCGCCGCCGCCGCCGCCGCAUCAGCCGGUCACUACGCUGGCAGCAGGCCCCCUGAGGGAGCUCUGAACCCUGGAGGAAACACCGCCGUCCCCUGCUCUGCUGCAGGUCAAGGUUUUCAGUUGGUUAUUCCUGGUCCCAGGAGCACCAGUCUGACCGCCAACCAUCACGCGUUAGCCAGCAAGCUGUUUGCACCCAGCCAGGCCUCGGCGGGCCGCGUCGUUCACAUCUGCAAUCUUCCUGAGGGAAGCUGUACAGAGAAUGAUGUCAUCAACCUGGGCCUGCCCUUCGGCAAAGUCACCAACUACAUUCUGAUGAGAUCCACACAUCAGGCGUUUCUGGAGAUGGCUUAUGAUGAAGCAGCUCAAGCAAUGGUUCAAUACUACCAGCUGACUCCAGCCAUGAUCAACAACCAGAAGCUCCUCAUACGGAUGUCCAAACGGUACAAGGAGCUCCAGCUUAAGAAACCAGGUAAAGAUGUUCUGACGGUCAUCAAGGACAUCACCUCACAAAGAGAAAGGGAGGAGAUGCAGGAACUAGAGCACUUCAUGCUGGAGAGGCCGCGCUCUCGCAGCCCCAUCAACCACAGUCCCCCCUCCCACAGCCCCAGCUUUGCAUCAUGCGGCUCUGCUCACAGCCCCCCAGCAGCACUGUGCAGGGGUCCGGAGAGGAAUGGGCUCGGCCCCCACCGGAGCUCUUGGGUUUGGCCGUCCCACGUGAGGAGGAGCGAGGAGGAGAGGGAUCGGGAGGAUCCCUGGAGAAACGGAGGCAGCGUGGAUGACGAUCUACCGAACGGACGAGCUGCCGCCCGGCGGAACACCUACCAGAAACACUCAGACUUUGGAGACGGAAUGAGGGACAACAGAGAGCGGCCCCCCCGGGGCAGCCCGCAGGGCUUUAGCUCCUACAGGAGCCUGGAGGAUCAUUUCUACUCUGAGCAAAUGUACAAGUCAGAGAAGUGUCUCAGGCCUUCAUACCCCCGGCAUGACAUGAAGACAAAGAGGAGGGACGGAGGCGAUUACCACGUCCGCUACAGACAUCCGGACUUUAACUUGGCUGAGGAGCCACCAUGCAGACCUGCAGAAGGUUCACCAGGGAGGAGGAGUAAGAGGUCCAGCAGGAGGCAGGAAUCUGCAGAGAAGCACGAGAAAGAAACAGAAAACAAUGAGUCCGGGUCAAAAGAAAAAUCCAUUUCACCACAAGAGAACACUAAAACAAAAGAGGAAGAUGGAGACGCUAAGAAACACCAGGAAAGUGGCGAAGACACCGAUGAAGAGUGCUGGUUUCCAACCAACAUGGAAGAGCUGGUCACUGUGGACGAAGUAGGCGGAGAAGAUGACUCCAUCAUUGAGCCGGACCUCCCUGAGGUGGAGGGUUUUGCAUCCUGCCCCAAAGAGACCGGAGUGGAGGCGUCAGUGGAGAAGCCUCCAGCACCGCCUUCCUUAGAGCCGCAGGAGAUUCUGACCCAAAAACCGGAGCAGGAAAACUCCGGUGAGGAAACAGGAGUCCAAACAGAAGCCUGUGUGAGUAACAAAGAAGGUGAUGAAGCAACCGCAUCCAGCCCUGAAGAACAGAAAGCAGAGCCAGAAGGUUCUGGGCCGCCGGUCACACACUUCCCCAGGGAGGACCUCAAGGCUGCAGUGGAGGAGAUGUGCUUAGACGACCAUACAGAGCCGCCCACUGAGCCGCAAGAGGACACCAUGGAAAACCCCGUCUGCUCACCAGAGGACAGCCAAAACCAAGAAGAACAGGCCGCAGAACUAAUCCAUAACAAAGAUCCAUCAACAGAAGAAAGUCCUCAAAAAGAAAUGGAGGUCCCUGCUUCCUCUGCAGCCCAGGACAAAGCUGUCAGCGAGCACAGCAUUCCUCUGGGAGUGGAGUUUAUCGUGCCGAGUUCUGGCUUCUACUGCAAACUCUGUGAACUGUUCUACACCAGCGAGAGCGCGGCCAAGACCACGCACUGUCGCAGCACCGUGCACUACAAGAACCUGCAGAAAUACUUGUCCCAGCUGGCAGAGGACAGUCUGUCGAGCGUCCUGAACUAGUCCCCCGCUGGCGAGGGCUUAACCUUUCACCUCUGGGACAGCAAACAGCGGGGGACAGCCUCAUACUGGUGUCCAGUUUGUGCAGACCCGGGGAGAGCUGUGGCGACAGAAGACAGAAGCUUGAAUGGGUUGUCAUGAUGACGUUUGUGUACGAUUCUGCUGUAAGUUGUGCGGUUGUGUACAUAGAUUACAUGAAGUGAAUGAACAGCAUUUCUUCAAAUCGUUUUCUUUACUGUGUGAAAGUCUUUCAUAGAGAAGCUUAGCCGGUUUGUUGGGUUCAAAUGUGAAGCCUAAAGGAAAAACAAGACUAUUAUCAGUAACCAUUGAAUUCAGGCCCAUCAGAGACAACGACCUACACAAACAGAAGAUGCUGGCAGCAUUUGUUGGUAUCUGUUCUGUACCCAGUUUGUGUCUUAAUUCUAAAUGAAGUAGAAUACCAAUGUGGUUUGAGUUCUUGAAGUGUGUUUUUGUUCAGCUUGUAUUUGGGGCAGAAUGAGCUCCUGGGGGGCCGCAGGUUUUCCUCUCUAAGGAAAACGAGGCACAUUCUCAGGUCAGCGGGGCUUUUCAGGUGAUUUCUGUGCAUUUUUUCUGUCUGUUACGGGACUCGUCUGCAGGUUUCUACUGUUUUUUCUUCUUCUUCUCCCUGAUUGUAUUUGUAUCGAGUUAAACCCUUUCAUUAUUUAAAGUUAACUAUGAAAUAAAGAAGUAAGAAGAUGUUUUGUUGAUGAAACAGUCAAAGACUCACCGUCACAUAAUACCUCAAAAUGCUGAACUUGGACCACGUGUGAAUCAACACAGGGUCUCAUGUUUCGGUGGCCAGACUCUGUUUUUCCACACUGUGAAUGAUGAUACUGUGAAAACAACAACCGUCUUGUUCAUUAGAAACACGGUCAAAAGAAUUUUGAUGCAAACAGAAAUAAAACAACAAAUCUAAAGUGAA